GAAAUCUUGGCCAUUUCCCUUCCCUCCCCUCUUUUUACAACUCUCCUUACCGUGUCCUCGUCGGCACAUUCCACUCCUUUUUUCUGAGACCCGAUUGAUUCACUUCGUUAUUUAUCGGCCUGGUAUCCGGUUCUUCUUUCAAGUUCGCUAUCCACAAAGUCGAGUGCAUCCAGCCGCCGACUGAACACGCUCUUUUCCUUCGUCGACCUCUACAGCUCCACGAACAAGACGACCUUCAGUCCCUGUCCAACCACACGGCUCCCGACUCUCCUUCAACUUGAAAGCAGCGCUGCACCAGACUGGUUCUGACGCAAGCCAAUAUAAACCCUCUUCGACCACCGUCCAGAUCUCACAUUUGGAUCGCCAUACCAUCAAGUCCAUCAAGCAAGUUCAACUUUGACAUCUGCAACUCUAAGCAAAAAACUAUUCCAUCGUUCAAGAUGAAGACGUCCGCUGUUCUUUUGGCCGCGGGUGCCCUGUUGGUUUCGGCCAUCCCCCUCGACAAGCGAGCUCUGGAGACCACUUGGGUCACUGACAUUGUCACUGUCACUGUCACUGUCGACCCCAGCGCUUCGGCUUCGGCUUCGCCAACCGCUGGUGGAGUUUUCGUUCAAAACGUUUCUGAGCAGCCCGCUGCCUCUCCCUCUCCCAAGCCCGCAGUCGCUCCCAAGCCCAGCUUUGCUCCU